AUGAGUUUCAAGAAAGUGCCCAACGUUCCUGGAUCACCUGCUCUGUCUGCGCUUCUUAAGGUGGGCGUUAUUGGUGGACUCGGUGUCUAUGCCAUUAGCAAUAGUCUCUACAAUGUGGAAGGUGGACACCGUGCUGUCAUGUUCAACCGAUUAACUGGUGUCAAGGAAAAGGUCUACCCGGAAGGCACGCAUUUCAUGUUGCCGUGGUUUGAGAGGCCAAUCAUCUAUGACGUCCGUGCACGACCCUAUCUUGUGGAGAGCACCACCGGUAGUCAUGAUCUUCAGAUGGUGAAAAUUGGACUCAGGGUUCUGACACGUCCCAUGGGCGACCGUUUGCCUCAUAUUUACCGAACCUUAGGCGAGAAUUACAGUGAAAGGGUUCUUCCUUCCAUCAUCCAUGAAACUCUAAAAGCUAUAGUGGCUCAGUACAAUGCAAGCCAGCUCAUCACUCAGAGAGAAGCUGUGAGCAGAGAGAUACGCAAAAUUUUGACAGAGAGAGCUUCCAACUUCGACAUUGCUCUCGAUGAUGUCUCCAUCACGACUCUCACUUUUGGGAAAGAGUUCACGGCUGCAAUCGAAGCUAAACAAGUGGCUGCACAGGAAGCUGAACGUGCUAAGUUCAUUGUGGAGAAAGCAGAGCAAGACAAGAGAAGUGCUGUUAUCCGUGCACAGGGAGAAGCUAAAAGUGCUCAACUAAUCGGACAAGCUAUAGCAAACAAUCAGGCAUUCAUAACUCUGAGAAAGAUUGAAGCUGCGAGAGAGAUUGCUCAGACCAUUGCACAGUCCGCUAACAAGGUGUACCUGAGCUCCAACGAUCUGUUGCUCAACCUUCAAGAGAUGAACUUGGAGCCUAACCCUAAGAAGUAAAACAAGAAGUUUCUUUCAUCCUGAAAACAUGGUUGGUGUUUUGACUAAACUGGCUAUUUAGCCCAUAUUAUCGUGCUACGUCCUGGAAUACUACAAGUGGACACAUUGAUACUCGGAUUGUCUUUGGUCAGUAGUUGUUGUUCGUCAUGUUCAGUGGAAUUAUUUGUUGAUAUUUUCCCGGAAAUUUGAUGAAGUUGGAAUA